AUGUUGCUUUCUUUCCUCCUCAGAAAAUGUAACGACAGGGAUGCUAAUACGCUACCGCAAUUUGAAAUUGUCUACCUACUUUUCCUACCAUUUAUGACUUCUUUCCUAUUUAAGAAGGAAUUGACGAUCUUUAAUUCCAUAUUAGCACUUAAUGCGUUAGACAUUCCAUUAUAUGAAAAAAUACCCAUGCAAGCAUUAUUUAUUGGAUUUUCAGCAGAGUCUGAUGCAGAGCUUUGGGAAUAUGGUUAUGGUAUGCUUCUCAACUUUAGCAUUUGUCAAACUUUAAUGAAAAUUGGUCAGCUGAAAAGUCUAGAUGUAAUUGAUUGCAAUUUAUUCAGUAUCGUAUUGACCAAUGUGUUGUACAUGAUUGAUCCUGAACUUCCCUCCUUAUCCUUUCAAAUAUUGCGAGGCUCCCUAAUUGCGUUUUUUGUCACGGUGGCUAUAAAUUAUAUUAUUUCCUCUCUCUUAACCAAGAUGAAAAAAAACCCACAUAUUAAGUCCCUGUCCUUAUUUUCGAUCUUUGUUAUCGUUUUCCCGAUUUUGAUGGAUCAACUAAUUCAACUUGAGUCAAUCGAUGAAAGACCCUCAAUGUGGUUACUCCAAUAUGUUCUUGGUUCAUCAGCCAGGAAAUCGAUCCUUCUUGUAUGGCUUUCCUUUUUGUUAAUACUAAUUCCAAAUGUGUUAAUUUUUAAAUCGAAUUUUUCAUUAAACACAUCAAGAAAGAUUUGGCAUUUUCUGAUUUUAUUGUUAAUCACCAUGCCGUUCCAAAUGGAUCCACUUUUUGUUAAGAUAGCACUUUCUGGUACAAUUGUAUUAUUUCUAUCUGUAGAAUAUUUGAGGUUUUUACAAUUAGAGCCCUUUGGUGCCUAUAUUGAUUCCAAAUUAAGAUCCUUUGCCGACUUCCGCGAUGAUAAAGGUCCUAUUAUUAUCUCGUAUAUUUAUUUAAUCAUUGGUAUUUCCACACCUCUUUUGAUAAAUGAUUCACCUGUUGGGUUAAUCAGUUUAGGUGUGGGUGAUUCGCUAGCAUCGAUAAUUGGUGGUAAAUGGGGGCGCUAUCACUGGCCAGGUACAAGAAAGACAAUAGAAGGUACAUUAUCAUUCAUUAUCGGAACAUCGAUAGUUGCCUACAUUUUGAAAUAUUAUAUGGAAUAUUUUGCCGAUAUUACAUUCUCCAACCUAUUAUGGGUAUGUACCAUUUCUGGUAUAUUAGAGGGUAAUAGUGAGUUGAACGAUAAUAUUCUAAUUCCAACUUAUAUGAUGAUCUUAGAAAAACUAUUAAGCAAUUAA